AUUAUAAUAAGAGACUUAAAAAACCUCAUAAAACACAAAAACAAAUGUAGCAGCCAUGAACGCAAGAAGAAACACGAUGAAGAAAUAUCUCUGUCAAAUUUUAUUCGCGUUGCUUUUAUUGUCUUCUCUUAAAUGUGUCUCCGUCACUCCUUCUAACAACUUUAACGCAACGUUUUACUACUACAACUCAAGUUGUGUAUACGGCACGUGGAAUGAAGAAAAUACAGGAAGUUGUCAUCUAAAUUAUCAUAUUCAGUAUGAUGAUAAUGAUGCAAUUCAUUUAACUACCAAAACAGAGUAUACUAGAUGCGGCCUGACAAAUCUGAAAUUUGUUCAAAUGUGGGCUGCUUACAAUGGGAGAGUGGGAAGAAAAAGUGUAUAUUCCAUAGACACGACCAAAGACAUAUCAACUUCAAGGAGCCUUAAAGCAAAAGGAGACUGUGAAUCCAGUAGUAAUGUCAUUAUUGGAGUAAUCGUUACAGCCUUCAUUGUGCAAAUUCUCAACAUUGUUUUUCUUUACCUGUGGAAACGCAAAGGUCUAAAAGAAAUUUUCAAGGAGAAAGUAAAUCACCAAAAGAAUUCCACAAAAGAAAACGAGGAAGUUUAUGAAGUGGUUGGCGCUACAGUCUCAAAUUACACAGAUCUUAAUCUGGAUAAAACGGUGACUAAUUUAUACACGGGUUUGACUAAAAGGGAAAAGGAGAAUACCGCAGCAGAUGCGUACAAGUCAGAUGAAAAUAUGUAUGAAAUGUGAUGUAAAUUAGAUCGAAAGUAUCUAGACAAAAGCAAUAUUACGUAAGAAUAAUUUUUAUGCCAGUGUCGUGCGCUGAGAAUUAAUUCUAGAAGGACGUUUUCAAAAUGUAUGCAGAUGGCGUAGUAAACAAGGGACCCAACCUAGACAUUAUCGUUCAACUACAUCUGUUCAAUAUUAUAUUAUUAUAACUGAUAGUUUUUCAGUAGCUUAUGAAACCAAUCACAAGGCUUGAUUUUGGAAUGAUGAUUGACAUUUUGGAGGUUGCUCUGUUCAUGCAUCUCUAAUCAGUUUCUUUUCUAGUUAAUAAUUUUGUAUUUUAGAAAUAUGUGAUUUUUAUCUGUCUCUACAUAUUAAGACAAUUAAUACACAUUACGA